AUGGCUUCAACGGCCCGCCAAUUCAAAGGAUGGCAGUACUAUUUUGAUGUAGAAUCACAGAAUCAAGAUACUCCUCGAAGGCGUAGCCGAAGGAAUGAUACUUUGAAUGACAGUCUUACCCUUAAAAGAAACUCUGAUGGUUUAGAGAUCGAGAUUGGAACAGUAAUCGAAGUGCAAAAUUCAAAAUUCAGAGACUUUGCAUUGAUACAUGAUAUUAGUUUUGGGACUGAUGUUUACCUGGAAGUGAGGGCUAUGUGGUUCUUGCGAGCUACAGAUCUUAGCUCACGCUUAGAAGGCCGUCAAGUGGAAAAGAAUGAGCUGUUUCUUACCCCAGUUACUGAUAGAAUAAAACUAAAAGACAUUCUACGAAAGGUAAAAGUAGUUUCCAAAUUAGAGUACGAUGCAAUAGAGAUUAAUGAUUCAAAUACAAACGAACUGUUCUUGUGUCGAUAUUGUUGUGAUCAUGACGGUAGCAAUAUCACUGAUAGCUUUGAAUGGGAUCAGUUCCAUAAUCUAUUGAAGAAAAACCCCGAACAAUUUUAUCACAACGUGAAAAACCUUACAGGGUCUGCAACUAUAAAGUCACUUACAUCUCAAUCGAAUCUAUUAAGCUCUGGUAGGAAAGCAAGAAAAUAUGUUGAGCUAAGUUCAGAAAGCGAGUUUGAAGAUGAGGACGAGUCUGAUGAUGAGAAAUAUAACAGAAAACUAAACAAAACAGGCACCCCUAGGUCAAAAAGAGUGCUUUAUAGUACACCCACCUCUGAGAGGUAUUACAAUAUUCCGUCAUUUCCCCAAGUAUCUUCCAAAAAGCUCAACUUAGAAGGAAUGAAAGACGACGAAGACGAACAAGCUAAACCCAUGGCAAAACUGUUCAGCAGUGCAAAGAAAAGAUUACAUACUGGAGCUCACCUUAAUACACUACCGUGUCGUGAUGAGCAAUUUGAACAGUUGUAUACGAGCGUCGAAGUUGCAAUUGAGAAUAACACUGGUAUGUGUAUAUACGUGAGUGGAACCCCAGGAACGGGUAAAACUGUCACUAUUAGGGAGGUGAUAAAACAGUUAGCUGAAAAACACGGGUCUGUAUUUGAUUAUUUGGAAAUCAACGGUUUGAAGUUGUUGACACCUCAAGCGGCUUACGAAGUACUUUUUACAAAAAUAUUCGGUCAAAGAUCCAAAAGUGGUCAGGCAGUUGGACUAUUGGAAGAAUACUUUAAUUCCUCUAAAAAGAAAAAGCCCUUAGUGGUUCUCAUGGACGAGUUGGAUCAAAUAUUGACCAAGAAUCAGUCUGUCCUUUACAACUUCUUCAAUUGGCCAAGUUAUUCUUCCUCCAGCUUAAUAGUGAUUGCAGUAGCCAAUACCAUGGAUUUGCCAGAACGAUUACUUACUAACAAAAUUUCCAGUAGGUUGGGAAUGAUUCGUUUACAGUUUCCGGGCUAUAAUUUUUCUCAAUUGGCUGAAAUAAUCAAGCACAGGUUGGAAAGCAUAGGUAAACUUAACUCCGAUAAACUGGUCAUCAACAGCGGGGCUAUUGAGUUUGCAUCACGAAAGGUCGCAAGCGUUAGCGGUGAUGCUAGAAGAGCACUUAGCAUAUGUCUAAGAGCUGUCGAAAUUGCCGAAAAGGAGUUCGUAAAAAAGACAGAGCAAGAGAAGGCCGAAUUAGGUGGAAUCUUCACAGUUCAAAUAGCACACAUAAUAAAGUCUGUGAAUGAAUCUACAUCCUCCACUGUGACAUCUUAUCUGAACUGUUCACCUUUCCAUUUAAGGCUAUUUCUUGUGGGUGUUUUGGCGAGAAUCAGAAGAACGGGAGUUUCAGAGAACACUCUCGGUAGCAUCAUCGACGAACUGCAAAACAUGGUUAAGGUCAAUCAUUUUCAGAAAGUUAGAGAAUCUUUAGAAAGAGAAAAUCUACAAUUCACUCGGGUGAUUUUUGGAGGAUUGAAAACCCGGAUGCAGAGUUUUGAUUUUAUUCUUCAAGAACUAAUAGAAAACGGAAUAAUUCUAAAGAAUGGGAAUCUUGGAAGAUCAUCACUGAUCAAGUUGAACAUUGAGGAAGAUGAAAUCACCACCGUGUUCAAAAAAGAUGACACUCUCAAGGAGGUUAUGUACUAA